AUGUUCGUCCACCACGACCAGAUCUUCGGCUGGUGCAAGUCUCGUCAAACGUUUGGUGUACACGAUUUAGCAUUACUUCAAUGUCACGAUAAUAGACAUGGCCGUAGACUAGGAGGAACGCACGAUCGAACUACUUCAUUAUUGCUGAGUUCUCGCACUAUCUCAUCAUGCACCUCACCGGCAACAAGUGAAGGUGACAUAGUGGAUAGUAGAUGA